AGUCAAAAGUAAAAUAGUAAAGAUUACGAGAAAAUUGACUAAAAUCAGAUACCGGUAGGUAAUAAUUUAUAAAAAUUUAAUGCAAUAAAUAAACUCAUAAAAACAUUUUGGUGGAGAUUUUAAGUACAGGACAAUUAUAUUAAUAACCACUUAGAAUGAAUUCUAUUUUACGGAGUAGGUAUAAUUUUUUAUGUCGGUCAUUUUCCACCACGACUGUAAGACAAUGUGCUGUUCCUCCAAAAAGAACCCCAAAGAAAUUUUUUGGUCCAAUAACAUGGAAAUCGAUGGCUGCUACGGCUGUAAUCGCGGGCGGACUAACAGGUUUCAUGCUUUAUGUCAGAAAGGAGAAACAAGAAGCUUUGGAUCGCGAAAGGAAACGACAGCUGGGCAAAGCUAAGAUUGGAGGCACAUUUGAACUAGUUGACUCAGAGGGUAAAACAGUGAAAAGUACAGAUUUCUUAGGAAAAUGGUUGUUGAUAUACUUUGGAUUUACACACUGUCCUGACAUAUGUCCAGAUGAAUUGGAGAAACUGGCUGAGGUGGUAAAUCUACAUGAUAACACACCAUCAUCACCAUCAUUGCAGCCAUUAUUUAUAUCUGUAGACCCUCAGAGAGACACCCCAGAGAUAGUAGGAAAAUACUGCAAAGAAUUCUCGCCGCGGUUGCUGGGUUUAACUGGCACCAAAGAGCAAGUACAACAGGCCUGUAAAUCUUACCGUGUUUACUUUAGUGCUGGCCCACAAGAUGUUGACAAUGAUUAUAUAGUGGAUCAUACAAUCAUAAUAUAUUUAGUAGAUCCAGAUGGCCAGUUUGUGGAUUAUUACGGUCAGAACAGAAACGCUUCAGAAAUAUACAAUUCAAUGCUGGUGAACAUUCAAAAGUAUGCUGCAGGAAAAAAGAAUUCAUGGUUUUAAUGCUGUUAAGCAAGCUAGGUAUUUUUAAUGAACAAUCUAGGUACAAAUAUUAUUUGUUUAUUU